AGGGCAGGAAAGGUGGAAGAAUUGUCCAUUUGAAGACUUUACGGUUGGACGCAGACUAAAACCAGACUUAAAAAUGCGAAAAUUAAGACUUGGUCAUUAUUUUGGCUUCCUGGUCAUUGCUGGGGUGGUUCUUCUAUACUGCUAUCCGUUGGUUCCAGGAGAUUUGACCAGGAAUGUGAUCUCAGAGAUUCGGGCCUUCUACCUCAGAGUUGCCUGGCCCCAAAUCACUCCAAGACAGGUGCAGGAAGAGAGGAGGCAGAGAUUGGAGGAUCUGUGCGCAGAUCCUGAAUAUAGCUUCCCAGGGAAAAGUCGCAACUUUACCAAAAUUCCAAACAAAGAGUUCAAUAAUUUCAUUGUAAUCGACAAACUCAAGUUGAUCUACUGCUUUGUUCCCAAAGUGGCCUGUACGCAGUGGAAGCGAGUCCUCUAUGUGUUGAAUGAGAAUUUAGAACACCAGGCUCCAGAAAGUCUCAACAGAGAUUUUAUCCAUGAUUUCUACAAAGACCCGAAGAGCAAAAAGAAAAACCUAACGGCUAUUUUCUCCACUGAGCUGAAAGAUUACAAGAAGUUUCUAUUUGUCCGUGAUCCAUUUGUCAGGCUGAUUUCGGCUUUCCGAGAUAAGAUUGAAUCUAGAGAUGAAAUAUUCUACCAUUUUGCAUUGAUAAUACUCAAGAAGUAUGGAAAUAUCUCUCUAGUCCCAGCUUCUCCUGAGAAAGCACGACAAGCGGGGGUCAAACCCACCUUCACCCAGUUCAUUGAGUAUUUGUUGGAUCCCCAAACUGAGAACCAAUUUCCUUUUGAUGACCACUGGCGCCAGAUGUACCGGCUCUGUCACCCGUGUCAUAUCAAGUAUGAUUUUAUUGGGAAGUUAGAGACAUUGGAUGAAGACACCGCUUACUUGCUCCAACUCCUAAAUGCAGAAAAACGCAUUAAAUUCCCACGCAAGUAUCCAAACCAGACAACCACCAGCUACGUGGAGCAAUGGUUCAGGAUCAUUCCAAAGCCUUGGAGGGAAAAGUUAUUUCAACUUUACGAACCUGACUUUACUCUCUUUGGUUACCCAAAGCCCAAACAACUGUUCCCUGAUGGAGAACAGUGACAGGAAAUUGUAACAUACACACUCGUACAGUCACAAACACACAAAUUACAAACACACAUACAUUUACACAUGUGCUCACACAUAUAUGCAUGCAGUCUGAUGGCAAAUAGUGGCAAGAAAUAGUGACCUCUUCCCAUACACACUCAUAAAUCGCCACAUUUUACCCACAAAUAUACAGUCAAUUCACUUAUAUAUUCUGUGA